AAAAGCGGGCAACAAGGCUAUUGUUGUCUUGUGCUCUCUAAGAGCAUCAGCCUUGGCGAUAAAAAAAGUACAUCAACCUCUCUCUCUUGCUUUUCUAGCUACCUUUCUCGAAGCAUAUACCAUAUAUAUAGCCUGUGUAUAUAUAUCUUUGGAAGGGAAAUUACAAGGAAAUUAAUAAAAAGAGAGAAAGAGAGAGAUCAUGGGAAGGGCUCCAUGUUGUUCCAAGGUUGGGUUGCAUAGAGGUCCAUGGACUGCUAGAGAGGACUCCGUGCUUACCAAGUAUAUUCAGGUUCACGGUGAAGGCAACUGGAGGUCUCUGCCUAAAAAAGCCGGGCUACUUAGGUGUGGAAAGAGUUGCAGGUUAAGAUGGAUGAAUUAUCUAAGACCGGAUAUCAAGAGAGGGAACAUCACUCCAGAUGAGGACGACCUCAUCAUCAAAAUGCACGCUCUUCUCGGCAACCGAUGGUCUCUCAUAGCAGGAAGGCUGCCGGGUCGAACCGAUAACGAGAUAAAAAACUAUUGGAACACCCAUCUUAGCAAGAAACUGAGAAGCCAAGGAACCGACCCAGAGACCCACAAGAAGUUGUCGGAUCCAGCCGUACAAGAACAGAAGAAGAAAAGGAAGAGCAGCACUAAGAAUCAGAAGAAGAAGAAGGCGGCCAAGUACUCCAACGUGGAAGUACUGACAGAAAAGCAGAAAGUUCAUACCCCAAAGCCCACUAGGAUCAAGUCGUUGAGUUCGUUUUCAAUGUCAAGGACCAAUAGUUUCGAUUGGACUAGUGGUUCUUCAAGCAAUGAAUUAGGAGAUCAUAGAGGGCUGUUUGGUAGUACGGAAGUUGCAGCAGAUAUUAACAACCCAUGGUCGACGACUAAUUUCAAAGAGGUCGGAUUUCUUAUUGGAGAAGAUCAAGAUCACGGCGAUCAUGAUGAUGACCAUCAUUUGGUAAUUAAUGAUUCAGAUUUGGUGUGCGAGUCUUUCGUACCAAUGUGCGAUGACAAUCUAGAGAAGCUAUAUGAGGAGUAUCUACAACUUCUGGAGAUAGGGGAUGGUGAUGAUCAUCACGACCGUGUCCAGUUGGAUUCGUUUGCUGAGUCCUUUCUCAUCUAAAUAAAUAUUAAUGGAUGAUAUAUAUAUUAUGAUACUCGAUCCUAAUAAUAAUAAUUUAAAUAUCGAUCAUCAAUGGGAAUAGUACGUAUAGUAGUUUUAAUUAA